UUGCCUUUUACUCGAAUGAUCGUCAUACUUCUCGUCAUUACAUUCUUGUGUAAUCAAGAAGUGUCAAGAUUCAGUAAAAAGUAUUAGGUGCCAAGCAAUGUUUGCUAACAAGCAUCUGCUGAGCUACGCAUUAUGUGGCUUCCUCGUUAGACCUCUACUACCUUACGUGAUAAUAAGAGAAUGAGGAUAGACGUCGAUGCGUCUGUAUAAAUUGGAUAAUGGAGAUUUUACGUGGGGGCAUAUUUCAUGGUACCCAUGAACAAAGAUCUCUAGCCAAAUCUCUGUACCAACGUUCAGUUUUGUCGCCUAAAUCGGUCGGAUAAACUGGAGACAAUCCAGAUAUCCUGAAGGCUCUGAAGGUUGGUUAGGACCGACAUAUAUAAAGCUCGGACUUAGAAAAAAGGUCGAUCGAGUUCGAAGGAUCCUCACUCGUGUGUCGAAAUUCUGAGGCAUUGGAUCCCAACAUGAAGUCCCCCGUAUCAGUCGCCGCUGGCUUACUACGUGCCCGACCACCAGCAACAGCCUGGAUGCUUGGUACACUAUUCCUCCAGGUCUUGACAGUCAACGCUCAAGCCGAUUCGUUCGAUUCACUAGAGUCGACUAUCGAGGGUGUAAGGGCUGCACUGCUCGCGAAUUCGACCACGUGCCACAGCGUGGUAUCGUCAUUCCUUGCCCGUAUCGAGGAGUUCAACCCGACUAUCAACGCCCUUGUCAGUCUCAACCCGGACGCCCUCAAUGCAGCAAACGACCUGGAUAAGAGGCUUGCUGCUGGUGACUCAGCGGGAAAGCUCUUUUGUGUACCGGUUUUGUUAAAGGAUAACUAUGAUGCCGUGGGUAUGAAUACGACGGGAGCUAAUGCUGCCUUGGCUGGUAAUCGUCCAAGUGUCGAUACUCCCUCUGUCAAAGCUAUGAAGGACGAGGGGGCUAUCAUUCUAGGAAAAACUAAUUUGCAUGAAAUGGCACUGGAGGGCCUCUCCGUAUCUUCAUUAGGAGGGCAAACUAUCAAUCCGUAUGACCAAUCUCGAACACCGGGAGGUAGCAGUGGAGGUACUGGUGCCGCGAUUGCGACAAGUUUUGCCGUCUUUGGAACAGGAACGGAUGCCGUAAACAGUCUUCGCAGUCCCGCGAGCGCGAACAACCUAGUCAGUGUGCGGCCAAGUCGUGGGCUUAUAUCGAGACAGGGCAUCUUGCCCAUCAGCUUCACACAAGACAGCAUCGGACCUAUCGCAAGGAGCAUUCCAGACUUGGCCGUUGCGCUAACUGUCAUGGCUAGCGUUGGUGCUGACGAGGCUGACAAUGCCACUCUGCUGGUUCCGCCAGAGGCAAGGGGAAUAGACUACACACAGGGUUUAAGCGAUGGAAGUCUUGAAGGACUCCGAAUUGGGCUGCUGGACGGCUUUUGGAAUCACACAGAAUCGAACGAAACGACUCCGGUAAACGACGCAUUGGCGAGCACCAUUGAAUUCCUUAAAUCUCAGGGUGUCGAGAUAAUCAACGUAACAGAAUCAAUCUACAAUGCAUCAGCCAUUGCCAAGUUCGAUGUUCAGCAAUUCGAGUUUAAGGAGGUAUUCAACAAAUACCUCUCCAGUCCAAGCCUUAGCGGAAAUAGACCAAGCACUUGGGACGCCGUAUAUGGAAGUAAAGAGUUCCUGGUCAUCCCAGCUCAGUACGCCUUUAUGAACAGCUCAAGAAACUCAUCGACCGCUGACCCGGCAUUUGCGACCGCCCAACGGGGUAUCGAGGAUCUCAAAGCGGCGGUAAAUACUACAUUCGUUAGAAACAAGCUGGACGCCAUAAUCUAUCCCGAACAGAAGAAUCUUGUGGUGAAGGUUGGCUCGCCAUCCCAGGCCGGGCGUAACGGUAUCCUCGCUGCUCUGACGGGGGUCCCGGUUGUUACCGUGCCGGUUGGGUUCUCUCCAUCCUCGCAGGAUGCCCCAAUUGGUGUACCCAUUGGAAUGGAAAUAUUGGGUCUCCCUUUCUCCGAGAGCAAGUUGUUGAACAUCGCUAGUCACUUCACUCGCCUCCGGCCACUACGGAGGACGCCAGCUUUUGCGAAUUAUACCGUUCAAAUGGGAUCGUAUGCUUCGAUGCCAAAGAUGCAGCCAAAUAUCUCCAACAUCCCCAAAGUGUACCCGGUGGGAACCCUCUCAGCUUAGCGCAGUAAGAGGAUAUAUAUGAGUUAUAUUGGAAUAGAUAAGACUGUUAGGGGUCUUUAGUGCGACUGACUUGUCAGCGGAACCUCACACAAGUGAAGCGAUUAAACCCACAAAACUCCCGAAUGUAGAACAUUCUCGGCUUUAUGUAGACAUUAUAUACCUAGGUAGUAGAUUGAUAGACCGGUGUCAAGGAUUUAAACGAAUGAUCUUCCCGGUAGUCC